UCUGCCUCUGUUGCAAAGGGACACCCCUCCAUCUGUUCUCAGUGAAAAGGUCUGUUUUAAUGCUAAAGAUAAAUUUCACCACAAACCUCAAAUUAUUUUUGUAAACAUUCAACACAGAUAAUUAAAGCUACUGGCAGCAUUUCACUUGUGUCCCUUGGACACUGCCUAAUUUUACCCCCAAAUUUAGUAGGCUAAAUACAUGCGUACAGUGGCUUACAAUGGACAGCAUUGAGAAGAAAAAUUGAUAAUCUUCAAGGAAGAGUCAUUUGAAUGAAAUUACAGUUGGAAAGCAAUCGCAAAUUAAACUAGGGAGCGAGUGAGUCUGUAAACUAAUCUCUGAGGGCAACUGCUGUUGGAGCUUUCAGGGAAAACAAGGUUUUAAAUAUCUUACUGAGGGCUUUGUUAAAUUUUGUGUAGCAGCUUCAAGACAAGCAACAAUGGAAGAGAAUAUGGAAGAAGGACAGACACAAAAAGGGUGUUUUGAGUGCUGCAUUAAAUGCCUGGGUGGCAUUCCUUAUGCAUCCCUGAUUGCUACCAUCUUGCUUUAUGCUGGGGUGGCACUCUUCUGUGGCUGUGGACAUGAAGCACUCUCUGGAACGGUCACCAUUCUGCACAACUACUUUGAGGUGGCACGAUCUGCUGGGGACACCUUAGAUGUCUUUACAAUGAUUGAUAUCUUCAAGUAUAUCAUCUAUGGUGUGGCAGCAGCUUUCUUUGUUUAUGGGAUUCUGCUGAUGGUGGAGGGAUUCUUCACAACAGGUGCCAUUAAAGAUCUCUAUGGAGACUUCAAAAUUACCACAUGUGGCAGAUGUGUUAGCGGCUGGUUCAUCAUGCUGACCUACAUCUUUAUGCUGGCCUGGCUUGGUGUCACAGCUUUCACCUCUCUACCAGUCUUCAUGUACUUCAAUAUCUGGACAAUCUGCCAGAAUACCACUGUUGUUGAAGAUGUCAACCUGUGCUUGGAUCUCCGUCAGUUUGGAAUUGUAACUAUUGGAGAGGAAAAGAAGGUCUGCACAGGUUCGGAAAAUUUCUUCAAGAUGUGUGAAUCAAAUGAGCUCGACCUGACCUUCCAUUUGUUUAUUGUUGCACUUGCUGGAGCCGGAGCAGCAGUCAUUGCUAUGAUCCACUACCUAAUGGUCCUCUCUGCCAACUGGGCUUAUGUGAAAGAUGCAUGCAGAAUGCAAAAAUAUGAGGAUAUCAAAUCGAAGGAAGAACAAGAGCUUCAUGACAUCCACUCCACUCGCUCAAAAGAGCGACUCAAUGCAUACACAUAAAAUACGCACUUAUUCUUAAGUUCUUGCUCUUUCUUUCUUUGGGGUGGGUGGUGGUUAUCCCUUUACCUUUAUUUGGCAGUUAUUUUUUCUUUGUAUUUUAAAUUGAGAUCAUUUUUUUUUUUUUUUAGCUUAGUAAGUUUAUCUGAAUUCUGUUAUUAAGUUUUCACUGCUUCAUCAUUUAACAUUCAAUGUCACUGUAUUUAUUUUAGGAGGGGUGGGGGCUCAAUCAAUUUUCACCACAUUUAUACUUCUACACUCAUUUUAGAGGGCUUCAGAUAAAAAUGGCUUGUCAUUUUAAAUUACCAGACAGUCUGACAUUUACCAGAAAUACAUAUAUUUGUCUCAGCUAGUGCCAGUUUUUGAUGAUAAAAGUGUUGCACCACAGUACAUUAUGAAGAAUAUCUAGCUUCUCCUCCAGCCAAUAUAACCUGAAAAUUUCACAAAAUGCCAUAGCUUUACCAAAAUGUUUGAAGGACUGGUUAGUUAAGCCAGCUGUGUCAAGUGUUAACUGAUUUCAUCAUUGCUAUAAGGGACUGAACAAAUCAUAACCCACCAGACAGGUGAUGAAGAUGCUAAGUUGAUACUUGCAACAGUUUGGAUAUGUUUUAAUGGAUGAGCCUUUUGGACAGACUCUGCAGUUGAUCGCAUUUGUUUUAGUUCAUUGCAAGCCAUAAAUAUGCAUGCAAAUAACCUUUUUUUAUAUAUUUGUUUCUAUCUGAAGCCAGUAUUU